CUACCAGCAGGCUCCUCCUCCUCCUCACCUGAACACCCAGCAGACUCCUCCUCCUCACCUGAACCCGGUCCAGGCUCCGCCUCUCAUCAAAGAGGUGUUCUGUGACCAGGUGGGGCCGCGACCUCUGGUUUCUUCUUCAGGUGACCCUAAACUGUGCGGCUUCCUGCAGAAGCAGGGGGGGCCCCUGAGGGCCUGGAAGCAGCGCUGGUUCACCUACGAGGAGAAGAAGAACCAGCUGUUCUACUACCGCACGCCGCAGGAUGUGACGCCGCUCGGCCAGGUGGAGCUCUGCAGCGCCACCUUCAGCUACCCGCUGAAGGCUGAGAGGGGCACCUUCCACAUCAGGACACCUGAACGCACCUUCAUCCUCAAGGCCGUGAGCCAGGACCUGAUGCUCUAUUGGCUGCAGCAGCUGCAGGUGAGACGCUGGCAGCACAGACGGAAUUCCGCCUGUCGAGACCCGACAAACAACAACAACAGCAACAACGACACUGCCGACAACUUCCUGUCCGUGUUGACCGGCCCGCUGGGUCUGGUGGGCGAGGAGGCCGCUAACGUCCCGUCACCGAGGACGCCGCUCGCCAACAUGUCGCUCAAACACCCACUCAUCGAGAUCCAAAACUCGGUCCACAGUCUUCGUAAGAGGGCGUCUCAGGAGUUGAGUCAGAGUCAGAGUGUGUUUCAUAUCGACGCUCCGCAGAGGAUCCCCCCAAACUCUGCAGAACCCGACAAAACUAUGACUCUGUCCGUUGAGACUCCGCCCCCUCUCCUCCCAUUGGCUGAGUCAGCAGGUCAGGUGACCCCUGACUCACCUUCGGCGUUGGACCAUCAAACCAGGAAGACGAAGACUCGCAGCUCAUCCCCCAUGACGGUCGUCUGCAGAGACUCUCUUUCCUCAGACCGGACAUCUCAUCUCCAGCAGGAGAACCUGGUGCUUAUGGAGGACGUCAGAGCUCAGAAGGAGCUGGUGUGGAUCCUCCACAAAGCCUUGGAGGCGUCUCAGCUGGAGAAGAGAACCUGUGCAGAGUUUCUGGCGGAGAAAGACGAGCAGCAGCGUCUGGAGCUGCUGAGACAUCGAGAGCGACAGGCGGCUGACCUCAGAGGUCAGCUGGAGGAGGUGAAGAAGGAGGCCGAGGACACCAAGAGGAGUCUGUCUCACAGAGACGCUCAGCUGGUCGACCUGCAGGACAACAUUGGGAUGCUGAUCGAGAAGAACAACGCGAAGCAGGAGGUGAUCAUAAAGCUCUCUGAUCAGGUUACUUCCUGUCUGUCCUCUGACGGAAGUUUGAACUCUCACACCUUCAGAUGGCUUCAUAGAGACAUCGAAAAUCUGAAGGAUGACAUUGAGGCGUACAAGACUCAGAACCAGUUCCUGAACUCUGAGAUCCACCAGCUGACUAAACUCUGGAGGACCAGUUGUGAGCAGGAGAAGAGUCUGAUGGUGAAGUGUUCCUACCUGGAGGCCAGUCACUGCCAGGUGGAGAGCCGCUACCUGGGCGUCCUGCGGCAGCUGCAGGAGACCACGACUCUGGAUCCGGUCCAGCGGGGGAAGGUCCAGAAGAUGAUCAAGGAGGCCCUGAAAAGGGAGCUGAAGAGCGCCCUCCAGCUUAACGUGGCCAGAGAUCACGAUGAGUACGGAUUCAAAAUCAUCCCAGAAUACGAGGUGGAGGACAUGAAGCUGCUGGCAAAGAUUCAGGCGCUGGAGAUCCGCUCACACAACCUGCUGCAUCAGGAAGGUGCAGAGCGCUACCUGUUGAGUCGCUGGGCUCAGUACCUCACCGGCAGGUCAGAAGACCUCAGUCCCUCACCUGAGCUCAAAGGUCUGCUGCGAGGCGGCAUCCCUCAGGAGUACCGCCAGCGGGUGUGGCGCUGGGUGGUCCGAGCCAGAACCAGGACCAUCAGGGAGCGUCACCCACACCGCUACCAGCAGCUGUGUGAGAAGAGUCGAACGUGUCCUCAUCUGGCCUCCAGACAAAUCCAGCUGGACCUCCAUCGCACCCUGACAACCAAUCAGCACUUCUCCUCACCCUCUAACCCCGCCCUCCAGCAGCUCCGCCGCAUCUUAUUGGCCUUCUCCUGGCAGAACCCUUCUAUUGGCUACUGCCAGGGACUCAACAGGGUGGCAGCCAUCGCUCUGCUGGUCCUUCAGAGUGAAGAAGACGCCUUCUGGUGUCUGGUGGCUGUGGUGGAGUCCCUCAUGCCUCAGGACUACUACACCAAGAACCUGGUGGCCUCUCAGGCGGACCAGCGGGUGCUGAAGGACUUUUUGGCGGAGAAGCUUCCCAGACUCUCCGCUCACUUUGAGGAUCACAGCAUCGACGUGUCUCUCAUCACCUUCAACUGGUUCCUGGUGGUUUUUGUGGAGAGUCUGCCAAGCGACAUCCUGCUGCCGCUAUGGGACGCCUUCCUGUACGAGGGCACCAAGGUUAUCUUCAGGUACGCUCUGGCUCUCUUCAAAUACAAAGAGGACGACGUGCUGAAGAUCCACGAUGGCGUGGAGAUCUACCAGUACCUGCGCUUCUUCACCAAGACCAUCUCUGACGGCAGGAGGCUGACCAGCAUCGCCUUCACUGACAUGAACCCGUUCCCUGGCCGCCUGCUGAGGAACCGGCGAGCACUUCACCUGACUCGCCUGCAGGGAGAGCUGCAGGAGCUGGAGGAGCAGCAGAGGGAGUUCAUGACGGAGAGCGCCGAACGAAAAGACAAAGAUCUCGACAUGGCGGUCAGUGAGGACGACGACGAACUCUAAGUUUAUAUUCAUAUUAGUGCUGGGCAACGAUUAAAAUAUUUAAUCGCGAUUAAUCGCAUGG